AUGAUGCGACCGCUACUUCUCCCCCUAUUGGGGGCAUUUCUGCAGACCUCUUCUGCAUCCAAUCCCUAUGUAAUGAGCUGGUCCUCGCAGGCCUACGGUCCAGAUGGCCCGUGGCAGGCCGUAUCCGUCGACGUGGGCAGCAACAAGCAGACGGUCGAUCUUUACCCCGGUGCCAACUAUGCUAGCACGAUCCUGAUGAGCACUCUCUGCACGAACAAAACUCUGUCAUCCACCUGCUACGCCGCUGAAGCAGGCACCUUCAACCAAAACACCUCCACCACCGCCUACACCACUCCCAGCUCGUGGGAAACAACAUACUGGGCCGUGGAGGGUGGAAGCAAAGAAUCUGUGCUCGGCGAUGAAGUCACCUUAGGGUCGUUUGUCGUUCCCAAUGUGAGCUUCGAAGCCAUCUACCAGACCUAUCAGACUUAUCCCAAUGGCAUUGCCUAUCCCGUCUCGGUUGGCAGUCUGGCCCUGGGGGGUCCGUACCUCUCGGAUACUGUGUCCAACUCCACCGUUCUGAACAUGAUUGCCGGGUGGCUUUACUCGUCCAAUGACAUCCCUUCCUACUCGUAUGGAAUGCAUAUAGGGUCAGUAGACCCAGAGAUUGCCGGUUCUCUGGUCUUGGGUGGUUACGAUAAGAGCCGAGUGAUCGGAGACGUGAGUGCCCAAGGAGUAGCGUCUUCGAGUGGUCUUUUGGAACUCGAAUUGAAGGAUAUUGGGCUUGGGGUUGCUGCGGGUUCCUCUCCCUUCAGCUUCACCAACGAAAGUGGAUUGUUUCUUCAGAGCAGUGGCUCCGUCCAGGCCAAGACGGUUCAGAUCGAUCCGACCAAGCCCUACAUGUACCUUCCCCAGGCGACUUGCGAUGCCAUCACCUCCACCAUGCCGAUCUCCUUCAACUCUAGCUUGGGACUAUACUUUUGGGAUACCACCAGCAGCGAUUAUUGGAAUAUCACGUCUUCUGCAGCAUACCUCUCCUUCGUCUUCAACAUGAAUGGAGUGAACAAUAAAAAUAUCACCAUCAAAAUUCCCUUUUCCCAGCUCAAUCUUACGCUACAAGAACCGCUGGUCGAUCAAAACGUCACCUACUUCCCGUGCUUCCUCACUACCUCCACCCCGGUGCUCGGUCGUGCCUUUCUCCAGUCCGCAUUCGUUGGGGUUAACUGGUUCAACGGGAACAACUCUGGCACGUGGUUCCUGGCACAAGCACCCGGCCCGGAUUAUGCCAGCGCAGACAUCACCCGGAUCGCAGUGGGUGACACGUCGCUUGCUGCCUCUAACGGUACCUGGGAGGACAGCUGGGCUACAUACUGGGGCAUCAAAACGACCGACAAUUCGAGUAGCUCCAAGGGUGGCCUGUCUUCGGGGGCCAAGAUUGGAAUUGGCGUUGGUGUGGGAGUCGGUGGAGCAGUGUUGAUCGCAGCGGGUAUAGCCAUCGCACUUUGUCUUCGCCGUCGCCGCGGAGCGACGAGUCAAGAGGCAGCUGGAGAGCAGCGGAGGUCAAUGUUUAGAGGGUUCGCGGAGUUGCCGGGAGGUGCUCAAAGUGAAGCGGCCAAGGAGUUGGAUACAAAGAUGCAUAAGCCGCCGCAGGAGAUGAUGGGUUCGCAGGAGGUAGAGCGAUACGAGCUGGGCUAA